CACUAUGCAGACAUGAUCCGACUCUUUGGCGCCCCAAAUGGAUUGUGCUCAUCAAUCACUGAAUUGAAGCACAUCAAAGCGGUGAAGGAUCCUUGGUGGUGGUCUAGCAGGAACAACGCCCUCGGUCAGAUGCUUUUGACCAACCAACACCUCGACAAGCUUGUGGCAUCUCGCAUUGACUUCACUACACGAGGCAUGCUUGUUGGUUCAGUAUUAUCA